CUUCACAUUUCCGCGAUGUCUGACAUCCAGCCCUGCCUCAGCAUAGGAAGUCGAGCACGCGCACACUAACAUUAACAUACCGUUUACAGUUAAUAAGAUACAAUGAGCGAAAUAAAACAAACAGAAGUGGCUACAACUGACAAAAAGGAAGCUUUAGCAGAGGAAAAGGACUGGGCAGCUGCUAAGGCGCACUUUGAAAACUUAAAAUCAACAAAACCGAGACCACCCAAGCCGAAAUAUGCAGUUACUAUCGCAGUUUCUUCCCGCACCUUGUUUGAUAUGGUGGCAGAAAGGAAGAUAUUUGAGGAAGAAGGACUGGAGAAGUAUGUUCAACAUCAGCAAGAGCACGAGAAUGAGCCUCUGAAACAAGGACCCGCCUUUCCUUUCGUUAAAGCACUGAUGACUGUAAAUGAACGGCUGAGGAAUCUCUAUCCAGACAGUGAAGAGCUGUUUGACAUUGUUCUCAUGACCAAUAAUCACGCCCAAGUUGGGGUGCGACUCAUGAACAGCAUAAAUCACUAUGAUUUGACGAUAGAGCGAUUUUGCAUGACUGGAGGUCAGAGCCCAAUUGGCUACCUCGAGGCCUACAUGACUAACCUAUAUCUCUCCAAAGACUCCAAGAAAGUCCAGGAGGCCAUUGAGGAGGGAAUAGCAGCAGCCAUCAUGUUUAAGCCUGAUGUGGAGUCUCAGCUGUCUGAGACUCAGCUGCGCGUGGCUUUCGAUGGGGAUGCUGUGCUCUUCUCUGACGAGUCCGAGAUCAUAGUGAAACAGCACGGCCUGGACACAUUCUUUGAGCAUGAAAAACAACAUGAGAAUAAACCACUCGCACAGGGUCCCCUUAAGUGCUUUCUGGAGGCUCUAGGAAAGCUCCAGAAGAAAUUCUAUGCCAAAAAUGAGCGACUGGACUGUCCUAUCCGCACCUUUUUGGUGACGGCCAGAAGUGCAGCCAGCUCUGGGGUCCGUGUGCUUAAGACACUCAGAAGCUGGGGCCUGGAGAUCGAUGAGGCUUUGUUCCUUGCUGGGGCCCCUAAAGGGCCCCUGCUGCAGAAGAUUCGCCCGCACAUAUUCUUUGAUGACCAGAUGUUCCACAUUGAGGGGGCCAAGGAGAUGGGCACUAUUGCUGCCCAUGUACCAUAUGGGAUAGGACAGAAAUAUAACAAAGGGAAGCUGAUUGAACCAAAGCAGCAGAAAUAAGAGUAAUGAUGUUACAGAUCAGCCACAAAGGGAGUCCAUUAUAUAGCUUACAUUGUUUAGAUGAAGACAUCUUUCUCUUACUUUAUGAUGCAAACAUGUCAUAGGAACUGCUGUGUAGAAGUAUGUUUUCUGAACAUAAUUUUUCUCGCACAAAAACUUGGACAUAUCCAACAUAUCCACAGAAACUUAUUGGACUUAACAUAGGCUUACGGUUAAGUGAUUUAAUGUAUUUUUUACUUUUAUCAUUCGUAAUAUACAGUAGAUCUAUCUAUCCAUCUAUCCAUCCAUCCAUCCAUCCAUCUAUCACAAUUUUAUAAGUCUUUAUAUAUAGAUGCUAUAUUUAUAUGGAAUAUUUUGAGGAGAUUUGUUUUUAUGGGGUUCAUAUAACAAGAAGAUUUGCAUAUAUAUAUAUAUAUAUAUAUAUAUAUAUAUAUAUAUAUAUAUAUAUAUAUAUAUAUAUAUAUAUAUAUAUAUAUAUAUAUAUAUAUAGGUUUUCAUAAUUGAUAUUAUCUGGCUGUUCUAAAUGCACUUAUUUUUGAGGUGGAAAGUAUAUCACUUCAGAAUUCAUUAAAGUGAGGCCUUCAGUAUCAUUAUUCGAGUAUUCUGUGCAAUUCAGGACUAUCAUCGGCACAUUAUGCUGCUUUGUGGUUGCAAACAUUUACUGUGGUGCUGUGUUCUCAUCGAUCUUCUCCAGGGUUAAUUUGCUUUCCACACAUUUUGCAAAUGACAGUUACAUAAUGUGUUGAUGUCUCUACUUGUAUUAAAAUGAUCAGACACACUAUUGAUUGGUAUUAAGGUUAUGUUGCAUGUCACUGAAUUGCAUAAUCAUUUUGUUGUUACAUGAUGUCAACUUAAGCUCUGCAUGUAAAUGCGCUGCCAUUUGUAUGUUUACAAAUGUGAUCAAGCCGUUUCACUAAAUUACAUUUUAUGCUACAUUGGUUUUGUUUUGGGUUGAGAUAAAAUUUAACUCAACUUUAAAAGUUUUUAGAUGACAAAAAAUUAGACGUUUCUGCUGCUUUUUCCAUACAAUGAUAUAGCAUAUGGCGGCCAAAAAGAACUAUAAAUGUAGUCCAUAAAACUUUUGACAUUAAGAAGUUUACUGUUGCUCUUAAUUUAAAAGAACUGAAUUUAAUCAACAUAAAUGCAAAUGAAUGGUAUACUGUUGCUCCCUGAUUAACCUCAGAGUUCUUCAUUGUCCCUGUCCUGCACCAGCGUCUUGAGCACCCCGGGUUGGAGUAAUAUCAGGAUUAUGGACCUGGUUAGUGUGUUUUCCCUCCUCAUGUGCCCAUUUUUGGUUUUGUUCUCGUUCUGUCUAAUUAGUCAUUCUGUUCACUGGAGUUCCUCUCAAUUAUCUUAUUAUCCCAUGUAUUUAGUUCCAGUCUGUUGAGUCUGUGUUUUUUUAAGUCUAAACAAGGAAGUGCUUCGUGUGUGUCCUUCCUGUGUUCCCUGUUUUGGAUGAUUAAAGACUAUUAUUUGAGAAUUC